UGAGGCAUCCGGGGGGAUGCCCGCGGGCCUCUCACAGCCGGCUGGCGCCGCUGCCACCGCCAGUGUGAACGCGUCCGGGACGGUGGCCAUGGCCCCUGCCGGGGCUCUCCCGGUCCGGGUGGAGAGCGCUCCGGUGGCCCUGGGCGCCGUGACUAAGCCUUCCGUCGCUGUGUGCGUGGGGUCCACGGCGUCCCAGCCCCUGCAGAAGGCGGCCCCCGUAGGGACACUGGUCACCAAAGUGGCUCCUGCCAGUGCUGCUCCCCAACUCGACAGCGGCCCGAAGCUGCCGGCUGCUCAGAUGGUCGCCGCUGCUAACGCCCCCAACACGACAAUCCUGUUGCCUGCUAAUUUUCAGCUUCCGCCAGGAACAGUUGUGAUCAAAAGUAACAGUGGCCAGUUGAUGUUGGUGUCUCCUCAGCAAGCUUUAACAAGAAGCGAUACUACUGGUAACAUAACCUCAAAGGCAGCAGUAUCAGCGAAUACUCAAACAAUCAAAACCUGCACAAUGCCGAAUUCUAACUCACAAAUAAUAAAGAAAGUGACUGUGGUACCUGUUAAAAAAUUGGCACAAAUAGGAACUACUGUGGUAACUACUGUUCCGAAGCCUCCUUCAGAUCAACCUAUGCCUGUGACAACCAGUGUUGUCACAGUUACUCCUGUAAAGCCACUGACUACUGUAACAACCCAGAAGCCUUCAAGUUUUGGAGUAUCACCCGUCUCCUCCUGUGAACCCAAUCUCAAAACAGAGAAUUCAGCUGUUGCUCAGAUUAAUCUUUCUCCAAUGAUGUUAGAAAAUGUGAAUAAAUGUAAGAACUUGCUUGCAAUGCUAAUAAAGUUAGCAUGUAGCGGAUCACAGUCCCCAGAAAUGGGACAGAAUGUGAAGAAAUUGGUGGAGCAACUUUUGGAUGCGAAAAUUGAAGCAGAAGAAUUUACUAGAAAAUUGUAUGUUGAACUUAAGUCUUCACCUCAGCCACAUCUAGUUCCUUUUCUGAAGAAAAGUGUGAUUGCCUUACGACAACUUACGCCCAACUCUCAGAGCUUUAUUCAGCAGUGUGUUCAGCAGACCUCUAGUGAGGUAGUUAUUGCUACCUGUACUGUAAAAGCAACACCUUCUCCGGUUGUGACAACAGCAGUCUCCGCAAUCCAGUCUGAAAAGACAAUUACUGUUUCUGGGGGAACAGCCCCCAGAACUGUGGCAGUACACACUCAGAAUCCACUUGCUGGUUCAGGUGGAGCAAAUACUGGAGUUGUAACACUUCAUUCUGUAGGUCCAGCUGCUGUACAUGGAGGAACAACAGCUGGAACUGUUUUGCUUCAGACUUCAAAACCACUUGUGACUUCAGUACCAAAUACCGUUACAACAGUCUCACUUCAGCCUGAAAAACCAGUUGCUUCUGGAGCAGCAGUGUCACUGGCUCUUCCAUCGGUAACUUUUGGGGACACUUCAGCUGCAGCAAUUUGCCUUCCUUCUGUGAAACCUGUAGUUACUUUUUCUGGGACCACAUCUAGCAAGCCUGUCAUUGAAACUCCAGUCCAAAUCAAAUUUGCACAACCAAGUGCCAUCCUGUCACAGCAAGCUGGCAUGCCACAGGCCGUUAAAGUCAAACAACUAGUAGUCCAGCACCCUUUAGGAGGCAUUGCAAAACAAGCGACUGCACAUUCCCAUUCCUCAGCAUUGACCAUUCAAACUUCUGGACAACAGAAGAUACCAGUUGACACUGUACUAUCGGGCAGUCAGUUUUCCCCAGCUUCCAUUUUAAAGCAGAUUACCUUGCCAGGAAAUAAAUUCCUUUCAAUUCAAGCGUCUUCUAUUCAAAAGAAUAAAAUAAAAGAGAAUGGAACAACAUUCUUCAGAGAUGAAGAUGACAUCAAUGAUGUGACUUCCAUGGCAGGGGUCAACCUCAAUGAAGAAAAUGAUUGCAUCUUAGCCACAAACUCUGAAUUGGUUGGCACAGUCAUCCGAUCAUGUAAAGAAGAGCCAUUUCUUUUCAUUGGAGCGCUACAAAAGAGAAUUUUAGACAUUGGUAAAAAGCAUGACAUUACGGAAUUUAACUCUGAUGCUGUGAACUUAAUCUCCUACGCAACACAGGAACGAUUACGAGGCCUUCUAGAAAAACUGACUACAAUUGCUCAUCAUCGAAUGGCAACAUUCAAGACAAGUGAAAAUUACAUCCUGUCUAAUGAUACCAGGUCACAGCUCAAAUUUCUCGAAAAGCUGGAUCAAUUGGAGAAGCAGAGAAAGGAUUUAGAAGAAAGAGAAAUGUUAUUUAAAGCAGCCAAGAGUCGUUCCAAUAAAGAAGAUCCAGAACAGCUGAGAUUAAAGCAGAAAGCCAAAGAGUUACAACAGUUGGAACUUGCACAGAUACAGCACAGAGAUGCCAAUCUCACAGCUCUUGCAGCUAUUGGACCAAGGAAAAAGAGACCACUAGAAUCUGGAAGUGAGGGUUUUAAAGACACCCUUCUUACUUCUGGGACAUCCAGUGUGACAGCCACCAAGCAGUUGCUUCGCCCAAGAAUCACAAGAGUCUGCCUCAGGGACUUGAUAUUCUGUCUGGAGCAGGAAAGAGAGAUGAAGUAUUCUCGAGCUCUGUACCUGGCCCUUCUGAAGUGACCACUCCGCUGUCCUUGCAGAUCCAUGCUAUUUACUGCCAAAGAAGAGAUAAAGAACAUUGUUGCACUGUCCUGAAAUGUCAGUUUAUGAAAAAUAAUCAGCAAUAUGGAAAGCAUUGUUUGCAGUCAUACACUUUUAUUAAAUCAUAUGUAAACAUCCCAUGGGAUUCUUAAUGACCAGAAUUCUUUUCUGUCUUGUGAAAAUUUUAUACGAAACACAGUUUACCUAGAAGUAGUUCGAUGCCUACCUAUGCAUUUAACUACAGCAAGUUAAG